AUGGAGUUAGGUGCUAGCCUUUGUAGUAUGCCUGCUGGUUAUGGUCAUGGCAUUAGGGGUUUUGCAGGGCCCAAACCGGACCCAGAAAUGUUUGUUCAAUGGGUUCAACAAGGUUAUCCUGAAGUUCUACCAACCAUCCGUGCUUGUAUUCAGUUUCGAUAUCGACCAAUCCCUUAUGUUUAUUCACUCUAUGUGAAGCAUGUCUAUAAAAAGGGAAAGCCUCUCUUUCGACCUGUCUUUUAUGGCCAUCAAUACGAUACGCUUACAUACCAACAAGGAUUUGGAUUUACGCUGGGACCUUCUGUCUUGAUAGCACCUAUUUUUGGACCUGAUCUUAAGACCAGAAAAGUAUACUUGUCAUCACAGUCUUCAUGCUGCCUCUUCUUUGUUAAGGCUGGCUCCAUGCUGAUUUUUGGUAAAGUGAUGAGUAAUAUGUAUGCUAUCCUUGACAAUGAAAGGCGUACACAAAUAUUCCCUGAAAAGUAUGUGGAUGGCGCUGAAUCAAGCAAAUGUACUUUUGCGCUGUAUGAAGAUGACGGAGGUACAUUAUAUCAUGAAACUAGAAGAGCCUAUGCAGAAAUUCAUAUCACUUUGAAAUCAAAUGAGAGAGAGAGCUUCGGGGUAACCUGCCCUAUUGCAAGCGAAACAAGACAACUAGUGUUUGAAGGCCAAGAUGACUGA